AUGGGUUUGCCUUGGUAUCGUGUUCAUACUGUCGUAUUGAAUGAUCCGGGUCGAUUGCUUGCGGUGCAUAUAAUGCACACAGCUCUAGUUUCUGGUUGGGCUAGCUCAAUGGCUUUAUACGAAUUAGCAGUUUUUGAUCCCUCUGAUCCUGUUCUGGAUCCAAUGUGGAGACAAGGUAUGUUCGUAAUUCCCUUCAUGACUCGUUUAGGAAUAAUGGAUUCGUGGGGUGGUUGGAGUAUUUCAGGAGGAACUGUAACAAAUCCGGGUAUUUGA